CUAUAAGAACCUACUAAAAAACACUGAAUAUAUUAGUAAAGUCGAAUUCAACAGUAUAUUAACAGUAACGGCAAUUUACAGUAUCUGUUAACAUGGUAGCUAUUAAAAUUAUUCUUUUGCUUAGCCUAGCAGCAUACGUGGCGUGUAGUGGCAGUGGCAAACCAGCAAAAAGAGCCGGUACUUCAGCAGUGUUGUCGGAUGAUGAUGGCAGCGAGUCCAGUAAAUCAAGUGACCCACCAAGCGAAGAUAGUCCAAUAAGCGAAGAAGAUGUUGAUGAUAACGAAGAAGAAGAAGAAGAAGAUGAUGAUGAUGAUGGAGAUUUAUAUGUUUUUGAAGACGAUGACGAAGAAGAUGAUGAUUCAUCAUCAGAUGAAAACACUGAAGUAACGUCUAAUAAUGAGAGUGGUGUUACAAAUGGGCAGUUUAACCGUGGUAAGCGUGGUAACAGAGGUGCGCAGAGUAGUAGUCAAAACAAUAGAAGAAAUGUGUACUUUAAUAACCAGGGUAAUACAGGAGACGCAUUUUAUAACCAAGGUGGUAUAACCGUAGAAUUUAAAGGCGAUCAAGUCUUCAUCGAUGGCAAACUUAUCCCAGAUUAUAAACCAAAAGACAUAUUUCUCAUAAAAUGGCGUAGAGGUUCACUCGAGAUCAACGGGAAAAAAAUUACAAUCGUCGAUGGAGUAAAAGGAGCAGGAACCAUGUUUUUUUAAAUUACAAAAAAAAAGAUUCAUGAAGCAAUAAUCUACAAUGAAAAACAAAAAUUCAAUGUAUCUUAAUUCAUAAAUUACAAACUGAUUACCUAUACAUAAAAAAAUAAUAAAAAUUAUAAUUAUAUUGAAAAAUAUGAAAAUAAAAGUAUAUAUUAAAAACCGUA